CGCGCCUUGAGGCGUCCGUUGGGCAUCCGCGGCUCGCCCCGCCGAUGAGGAUGGAGAUGGCGAGGAGGAGGAGGAGGAGCAGCUCCCCGCCGCCGCCCGGCCCGAUGGCGCUGCUGCUGCUGCUGCUGCUGGCGCUGCUGGCCCCGCUGGCCGCCCGCGGCACCGUCUACUUCCGGGAGCAGUUCCUGGACGGAGUGAGAUGGCAGGAGAGAUGGGUGCUUUCUCAGCACAAAGCCAACUACGGGAAGUUUAGACUGACAGCUGGGAAUGUCUAUGGCGAUCGAGAAACAGACAAAGGUCUGCAGACAAGUGAAAAUGCUAAAUUUUAUGCCAUCUCGUCACGAUUUAAGCCCUUCAGCAACAAAGGAAGGCCUCUGGUAAUUCAGUACACAGUAAAGCAUGAACAGAAGAUCGACUGCGGUGGUGGAUAUGUCAAAAUCUUUCCUUCUGACUUGGAGCAGAAGAACAUGAGUGGAGAAUCACUAUAUUAUAUCAUGUUUGGGCCUGACAUUUGUGGAUCUGAUACCAAGAAAGUUCAUGUCAUUUUGAACUACAAGAACCAACUUUAUCCCAUAAAGAAACAAAUUCGAUGCAAAGUGGAUGGCUUUACUCACUUAUAUACACUAGUUUUAAGACCAGACCACACGUACAAAGUGAAAAUUGACCGCGAAAUAGUUGCAGAAGGCAUCUUGGAAGAUGAUUGGGACUUCUUGCCUCCAAGGAAAAUAAACAACCCCGCCGUGAAGAAGCCUGUGGACUGGGAUGAUGCUCCUGAAAUUGAUGACCCAGAGGACACAAAACCAGAGGACUGGGACGUUUCAGAAUAUAUUGUGGACAACAGCGCAGAGAAACCUCCGGACUGGGACGAGGCGAAGCGAGGCAGCUGGCAAGCACCCCUGCUCAAGAACCCCCUCUACCGGGGGGAGUGGCGACCCAGGAAGAUGGCCAACCCCAGCUUCCAAGGCCCGUGGCCCCACCCACAGGUCGAGAACCCAGAGCACCUGCCCGACCCCAGCAUCUCGGUCUACCAGAACAUCAGCGUCCUUGGCCUGGAUCUCUGGCAGGUGAGAUCUGGGACCAUCUUCGAUAACUUCUUGAUCACAGAUGACGAAGAGUUUGCAGAAGAGUUUGGCGAUGAAACCUGGGGAGAAACCAAGGACCCCGAGCAGGAGAUGAGCCAGAAGCAGACGGAGGAAGACAAGAAGAGGAAGCGGGGAGAGGCCCGGAAGGCGGCCCCCCGGGGAAGAGCGCGCCCCCGGCGGCAGCAGCAGGAGGGCCCGGUGGCCCCGAAGGACGAGCUCUGAGCCGCCCCUCCGAGCAGCGGACGGGACUCGGGGGCACGUGGGGACCGGGGGGGGGGGGA